GUUAAUUGAAUUUUAUCGCAUUUCAUCUCAAAACCGCGACCGUCCCAACUUCUUUCUCUCUUUAAUCCCUUCCCCUCGCUAUCAUUUCAUUUCAUUUCUUGAGACUCGAGGCUGAAGUUGGAGAACAUUCAUUUUCCCAAAAAUGUAUACAAACUCUUAUAACCAGUCAGCAUCGUCUAACCCGCCGCCUCCCCCCGGUUAUGAUAAUUACAAUCGACCGCCGCAGUCUCCGUAUUCGCGUGGUGAUGAGCAGCCUCGAUCAUGGAAUGGCUAUCCUCCCCAAGACCGUCGCGAUGAUUAUCAAUUCCGAGGUCCAUAUUCUGACCUUCGUCGCAAUCGCCCCGAUGAUAACCGCCGAAAUGAUGGAGAAUAUCGCGACCGCUAUCGCGACAGUGAUAACUACCGCCCUCCUCAAGGUGACUUCACCUUUCGCGUAGAACGUCCCGCUGGUAUCGACUCAUACGUACCAUCCGAUCGAGAGCAACGGAAUCCCAGAGACUACGAAGAUAGACGAAACGCGCCCCAUCAAUCUCGUCGUGAUGGUCGCGACGGCCGCUCACACCGCAACGACGAUCGUAGACGUCAUCAACCUUAUAGAGACGCGCGAAAUCGCACCCAGACUAGGCAACAUGGUUUCUACAAACCCUCCAUCCCGGCCACUCGUUUACUUUUACUUAAGAAGCAUGAUGACAACCCGGAAUUAAUGUUGGGCGAUACAGCCGGUCGAGUUACUUACAAGCCCAUCGAGGAACUGUCCGAUAGUGAUGAGGCAGAGAUGGACAUAUCAGAUAACUCCGAUUCGGAGAUAGCCGAGCCUGCAGCUAAGCGCAUGCGAACUUCCGAGACAGCUGCUACGAAGCCAGAACAGGACGUGCCUAGAUGGUCGAACCCUGAUCCAUAUACCGCACUACCUCCUCCUGAUGAGAGUACACGCAAAAAGAAGGAUAUGGUCCAUCUGAUUCGCAAGGCACGCGUAGAAGCGGAGGCGAAGAAACCGACAGCGCCUGUAGAGGGCUUGGAUUUUAUCUCUUGCGAUUUUAGCGAUAACGAAGGUGAAACUAAGGCAACCGCGAACAAGGAGGAUAGUACGGAUGGAAAGUUGCAAUCACUAGUCAAUAAAUCAGGCGCUAACGGCCGUGAGAUAACAUCGACACUCCCGGCAACCCAAUCGCACAACCCGCCUACCGAAGAGAUUCGGGGUCAACGCACAGGCACCCAGCCUACCUUACAACCUGGCAACCGAGGCAACCAAGGCAACCAAGGCACCACCCAAGGCACCAGCAGUAACCCUAUUGAUCUAACUGCUUCUACAUCGCUUGGUAAUCGCAAGCGCACCUUUGAUGACACAAUCAAGUUACCGCAUUCGACCGUGAAGGUGCAAAUGAAGUUUAACGGCGGUGGAAAUGUCUUGCCAGCAUGGCAACCGAAGGAUGACAACCCAUGUCCUUGGGUCGUGGCGGAUCAUUCGUCAACGCCUUCUAUGGCUACGCGACUGCAUAAGGAGAUCGUCGAUUUCUACUUGUAUGUUCGCCCUCGCAACUUCGAAGAGCGCGUGCGCAAUGAGCUGCUCAACAAGCUACGGACGAUUGUUAAGAAGAGAUGGGCCGAUGCUGAGGUCUAUCCGUUUGGUUCCUUCAUGUCUGGUCUCUAUCUCCCUACCGCGGAUAUGGAUGUCGCAAUUUGUUCCAACAGCUUCAUUAAUCGUAAUAUCCCGCGAUAUGACAAGAAAAGGGACUUGUAUAACUUCAAAGCCCAUCUUAUACACCACGGGGUUCCCUAUCAGAACGAGGUUGAAGUGAUCGCAAAGGCCAAAGUCCCACUCGUCAAAUUUGCCGACCGCGAAACCGGUUUAAAGGUUGACAUCUCGUUUGAGAAGAUAGAUGGCUACCGAGCCAUCAAGACAUUUUUAGACUGGAAAGAGAAAUACCCGGUAAUGCCAAUCCUCGUUGCCAUCAUCAAGCAUUUUCUGCUCAUGAGAGGUCUCAACGAGCCUGUCAACGGCGGCAUUGGUGGCUUCUCUGUUAUCUGCAUGGUUGUCAACUUACUCAACCAGAUGCCGCAAGUUCAGAGCCGUUCCAUGAAGCCCGAGCAUCAUCUGGGAGAGCUUCUGAUGGAAUUUUUCGAUUACUACGGUAAUCACUUCCAGUACAACACAGUCGCAAUCCGCAUGAAUCCUCCCGGUCUUGUUCCUAAGAACGAAGUUAGCAACUUCAUCUAUCGCAACUUGGAUAGGUUGUCCAUCCUGGACCCCAAUAAUCCCGACAACGACAUUGCAGGCGGAUCUAAAAAUACCCCGACUAUCCUGGCUCAGUUUGCCAAAGCUCAUUCGAUACUUCGAGGGCGUAUGGCUGAACUUGCAAAGGGAACCAAGAAUGUAAGCUUUGGUAACACAAUCCUCGGACCAUUGUUUGCGGGCAACUACUCCAUAUUCCAGGUUCAAAGGGACUAUCUUGAACGCCUAGCAGCACAAGGGAUUCCUAAUUACCAACCCAAGGAUUACAACUCUCGCGACGUUGUCUGGUAAUCUGGCGGUACGACGACAGCCUUACUAGUGCCCCAGAGCUCUAUUAUGAAGUCGUACGAUGCUACUCACAGUAGUAGAUGCUCGGAACAGUCCUUGAUGAGAAUGAUGUGGUUAUGAGAUACCUAUUACUUGCGUUUGGUUCGAGGCGGUUAGUGAUAUUAGAGAGUGGACCGACACCGGAGUCUUCCCUAGGUAUUUUUGAGGCCCAUGGAUUCGCGGCGUUCCGGAAGACGACCAAGUGCAUAGAUGAUACCGUUUGUUUCGUUUACCUCGCCGUGUUUCACGACAUAGAUGUUCGACAGGAGUCAUCCAUUCCACCGAGGAUGGCACAAUGUAUUUUAGGAGCCGGAGACUCGGCCGACGCAUACCCAUGUCGUUGCUGAGCCUCGCUCUACGGUUUUGCCGUAUUCCCCUUGCUCCAUCAUGCCGGCUACCUUAGGCAGCCUUCAGCCAAGUGGCAAGGGAAAAAUUCAUAUUCUCAGUUUUUACUCUUUGUCUACCUGAUUCUAUCUCUAGUGGAGAACUUUAAUGUGACUGGCCCAGAUAGCCUCUUUUUUUUUCUUUUCUACUUGCUGACUAGGAAUAGUAUUAAUGCAUUUCUACGUUGGAGCAUAUUCAUGCUCUCGACAGUCGAGGCUUCGUCUUACUAACGAUUCACAGAUCAUGAGCUUUAUUAAAAACACACAUUUCUCAUUCAACCGAGAUGUAAUAAC